AUGACCCCGCAACAGAACAAAAAGCAGAAGAAGCCGAAACCGUCUGCAGCGGUGUUGGAGACAAGGCUCCAGACUGCAUAUACCAACUUCACUGCACGAGCCCCAGCAACUCUGAAGCCUACCGAAGUACCCAUCGACAUCAAUCCCCUGGCAGAAUGGAUGACUCUGCUCAACACGCCGACUGAGUUUGGGCUCCCCUUGAGUUCGUGGAGGACCCAACAGACCCGGACCAAGUUUGACACCGCCAUGAACCUUACCAAUCGGGGUGUCGCUUACCUUGAGAACGUUAUGCCUGCACUAGUCAAAGCAAACAUGGCGAUGAAAGAAAGGCUCAGAUUACCUCCUAGCGAAUCCAUGAUUACCGACAGCUCUCCACCGCCUCUUGGUCAGUAUGCAGCAGAUGAUGGCCCGCCUCUGUGCACGUCGUCCCUCCGCUUUAAUGACUGCAGCGGCACAGCAGACGACUUCGCCUCUGUGCCUGACAGAACGACUAGCGAAACAGCAAUGACCGACGCUCCGCCUCUGUCUCCGGAGGAAGCUGUGUGCGAGCAGAAUGCGGGUGGUCCAGGCCCAUUUGGCGAGUACGAAGAUGACCUAAUGACUCAACCGCACGAUGAGCAAUAUCUGCCGUCUCCCGAAGACUGGAUGUGCACACCGGACGAAGACCUGGCGUACGCCGUCAUGGACGAGCAAGCCAGCGAUGACACACCCUUCCAGCGGAUUACCGAAACGUCCGAGAGCGUCAUGCACGAGCAAGCCGACAACACAACCCCCCAGCAGAUUACUGAAGCUUCAGACAGCGCCAUGCACGAGCAAGCCGACAACACAACCCCCCAGCAGAUUACUGAAGCUUCAGACAGCGUCAUGCAUGAGCAAGCCGACAACACAACCCCCCAGCAGAUUACUGAAGCUUCAGACAGCGUCAUGCACGAGCAAGCCGACAACACAACCCCCCAGCAGAUUUCCGAAGCACCAGAGCAAGACCUAGCACCUCGACCCCCUCGCCCUCGGAUGGUAAUGCCAAACAAGCCAACCCUCAAGCCACGACAGCUGGGCGAGACUGAUCUACCAGUGGUUCUACGCAUCCCGCGGGGCGAUGCCAACAGCCGCCAUGGCGACGUUAACUACAACAGCAUCUCAGAAGAUACAACAAGUGCGAUCACCAACGCGAUGACUAAUGUCCUGCUCGAUUCACAGGGCACGCGCAGGUUGCAAUGGGCGACAGUAAGCCGGAAUCCCGGUACCUGGUCGGCCCACCCAUGCGUUAGCAACGCUGUCGCGGCAAAGGGUGCCAGAAAUUCCACGUGGAAGCAGGCUGGGGAUGACCGCACACUGGCCUGCGAUACGUGCAUCAAGAAACACCGACCAUGCAUUAGGCUGGAACAGUUGCAGGGCGAAGAGGAUUACUCGGUGAUAUGGUGUGCGCUGCCAGAUGAGCUCCGAGAAGGCUCAAAGCCAGAUGACAUCGCCUUCUGGAUGCGUGUGAAAUGA